AUCAUUCAUUCAUUUUCUUCGCUCGUCUCGCGUGGGUUUUGUUUUUAUUUAAAAAUUCGUAGUUUGUUCUAAAAUAAACUUACAUAAUGAGUGAAGAAUUAAAACUUGAGUCCUUGGCUGUACAGCUUUUUGAAAUAAAUGCCAUAAAGUUUGGCGAAUUCACGACUAAAAGUGGAUUAACUACACCGGUUUAUUUUGAUUUGAGGGUUAUAGUUAGUUAUCCUGAUGUGAUGCAAAUAAUAUCUCGCCUCAUACAAGAUCAUGCACUAGAAGGCAGUAAAUGUGAUCAUUUGUGUGGUGUACCUUACACAGCUUUGCCGAUAGCCACAUUGCUGAGUGUAGAGGCCAAGAUACCUAUGCUGAUGAGGCGUAAGGAGGCCAAAGCUUAUGGUACAAAGAAAAUGAUUGAAGGUCAUUACAAAGCGGGCCAGAAGUGCCUCAUUAUUGAAGAUGUAGUGACAUCAGGCUCCAGCGUGCUGGAAACUGUAAAAGACCUUCGUAGAGAAGGCUUGGUAGCCCAAGAAGCUAUUAUCAUCCUGGACCGAGAACAAGGUGGACGGGAGAACCUUGCUGCAAAUGAUGUAUCUGUAAAAUCAUUGUUCACAAUGACAAAUUUAAUUAAUAUAUUGCUGAAGAAUAAAAAGAUUGACAAGGAUAUGGCUCUUAAGGUUCAAGAUUAUCUUCGAAAUACAAAAGCACCAACUUCAGAGAAACCUAAAGACCGCACACACCUCACAUUUGAGAAAAGGGCAGAAUUAGCAACCAAUGAAAUUGCUAAGCAGCUGUUUGAUGUUAUGGCAACAAAGAAAACCAAUCUUUGUGUGUCUGUUGACUUAACUACAACCACAAGUAUAUUGGAUUUGUUGGAAAAAGUUGGUGAACAUGUGUGCUUAGUGAAGACACAUGCUGAUAUUAUUGAAGACUUCAGUACGGACUUCAUAACCAGGCUUAAAAGUUUGGCAAAAAGAUUCAACUUUCUUAUAUUGGAAGAUAGAAAGUACGCAGAUAUUGGAAAUACUGUAUCUUUGCAGUAUGCAAAAGGAUUGCAUAAAGUUUCAGAGUGGGCUGAUUGUGUAACCGCACAUUCUUUGCCUGGAGAGGGAAUUCUUAAAGCCAUCAAUGGGGCAACCAACGGUGUUAGCCAAGGAGUAUUUUUAUUGGCAGAGAUGAGUAGUGAGGGAAAUCUUAUCACACCAGAGUACACAGAGAAAACAGUCAGUAUGGCUUCAAAUUAUCCGAAUUUGAUUUGUGGAUUUGUUUGUCAGAACAAAAAUACUUUCAAUCAACCAGGUCUAAUACAAUUGACUCCAGGAGUGCAGCUGGAAAGCACCAAAGACGAUCUGGGCCAGGUGUACAACACUCCAGAGAAGGUAAUGCUGGAGAAAGGCGCAGACGUCGUGGUUGUGGGCCGAGGCAUUCUGUCCGCAAAGAACCCCGCUGCUGAGGCACUGGUCUACAAAGAGGCUCUAUGGAAAAACUACCUCAAGAGAGUGUCUGGAAAAAUGGAAUAAUGAAAAGAGUAUUUUAAAUGAUUUAAGAAGUACAAGACAGCAUUGUCUUUAGCAAAAAAUUAUAAAUGGACAUUCUGCCUCAAAAAUUCGCUCCUCAGGAAACAUUUUAUUUUUAUUGAUAGUUCAGUUUACUAUACUUGCUCUUUAAGAAAACUGUGAGUGCCUACUACUAUGAAGAUUUAUCAGAAGUUAUCUUUCAGUUUUAUCUCUUGUUUGGUUAACAUCCUACAAUUUAAAAUAAUGAUAUCUGUGAUAAAAAAUAAUUAUGAAAUAUGACCCCAUUACAUUCCUAAUUAUGUUAUUAAUAAUUAAGGCAAGCAUUUUGUACAAGAAACAAAAGAAUUACUUAACAGAUACAUAUUUUGUUGAAUGUUUACUUGAUAUUUUAUAAAAAAAAAAUCUUAUAGGUACUAAUUAUAAUAUAAUUGAACAUAUUAUGUUCAAGUUUUUGCAAUUUUCUUUUGAUAUAUAGCGUAUCCUGUGAAUUAUUAUAUUUUUUACAUUAGAUAUUUUUGAAGUGGUUCUUUCAAAUUUUAUGUAGGUAUAUUUAUCUAUUUAUAUUUGGAUGUAAGGAAGGAGAUAUUAUUUAACAGAGAUGCAAUGUAAUACUUUGAGACGUGAAACAAAAAUGUGAUUUAUUACCCAAAAAUUGGUUUAUUUCAGUUGUCCCCAAUUCCCCACCAGUGGAAACACGGGAAUAUAGUGAAAUAAUAAUAGACGCUUAAUAAUUAACGGGAAUAAACCCAAAAAUCCGUUGGCAAAUGUCGUUGCAUGGACAAAAUCAUCGAUACAGGAGCAAGUAAAUCGAUAGAAUGAUCGAAGUCAAUCGAUAUCGUUUAAAAUAGAAAGAGAAUGGGAAGAAAUAUUUCUGCUCUGCUUUAGUCCAAAUAAUAACUGCCAGAUAAUGCCUUAUGGCGUUAAUUUCAUCUUACGUAGAUGUGAGAUUAGGAAUUAAAUUUUAAACAAAUGUAUAAUAAUGUAUAAAAUUAGUGUCGGCGAGAUGUUUGUGAUCGCCGCAAAACUGCGCGCGACUAAUGACAAAGGCAACAUCAUGGAUAGGUUACUAUCCUCGCAGAGCAUGUAGACUUGUGCUACGCUAUCUCCUCUUUCCACGCUCCGUAAUGGCUAGUACCACCGGGUUACCUACACCAUAUCGAAUAUCGAACACGUUUCAUCGAACGAUCAAAAUAUCGAUUGAUUAAAAUAUCAAAAAAUCAAUAUAGAGGUUUUAAUUAAAUGUCAUAUGAUUAAUGUAAAUAAAACAUAAUUUCUUAAA